AUGCUAUUGACUGAGUACUUGGAUAUGAAAAAUACUCGUACGGCCUCUGAACCAUCAACUCAACUAAGCUAUGCCAGUACUGGACGAGAGUUUGCAGCUUUUUUUGCCAAGAAGAAACCUCAAAGGCCAAAAAGUUCUCUUUUCAAGUUCGAAUCAUCCUCCCAUGCCAUCAGCAUGAGCGCCUAUUUGCGAGAACAGAGAAGGGAGCUUUAUAGCAGGAGCGGAGAACUUCAAG